AUGGAAACAUCAAAGGUGAUUGACACUCCCAUUGCAACUUUGACUCGACUAGACAUGGAUGAAGCCGGAUCUCCUGUGAAUCAAACAAUGUAUAGAGGCAUUAUUGGAUCUCUCUUCUAUCUCACUGCUAGUCGACCUGAUAUUGUCUUCAGUGUGGGGCUGUGUCCAAGGUUUCAAUCAAAUCCUAAGGAAUCCCACUUGAAGACUACCAAAAGGAUACUAAGAUAUCUCAAGGGAACACAGUACCUGGUGCUGUACUAUCCAUCAAGUGACAAUUUUAAUCUAAUCGGGUAUGCUGAUGCAGAUUAUGCAGGUUAUCUUGUGGACAGAAAAAGUACUUCUGAAAUGGCUCACUUCUUAGGUUCAUUUCUUAUCUCUUGGGGAACAAGGAAGCAAAAUUCAGUGGCUCUGUCAAUAGCUGAAGCUGAAUAUGUUGCUGCAGUAUCCUGCUGCGCUCAACUUCUAUAUAUUAAGCAGCAAUUGAAGGAUUUUGGGGUAAACACGCAUGAUGAGCAUAGAAGCAAUAGAUGUAGUGCAUGA